UAACAAUUAUGGUCACUGUAAUGGUGACAAUUGCGUAUUGUGAGGGAAAAGCUGCUUUGCGUCGUAAACCCAAAGUAUAUAAUGCUUUGAUAACCACAGACGAAGACUUGGUGCAGAGUCGAGCAUAUCCAGUUAUACAACCAACAAUACAUGAAACCGGUAUUGCUCACUAUGGACCUUAUGGUCCAUACAAUCCAUAUGGAAUUUACAAUCAACAUGUGGUAAGGCUUGCUCAACCCAUUGCACCGGCAUUAAUGCCUAAGGAACAGCUGCCUUAUUCUCUACCGCCACCACAAUUUCCGCCACAAAUUAUGCAACAACCGUUAGUGCCACAACCUUUAGCUGGUUAUCCUUUACCGCAGAAUCCACCAACAGCUCCAGCUGCGGAAAAUCCACAAGCGUCACCAUUACCACCUACAGGCAUGGAAGAACAGCAACAACCUACAGUACAACCUCCAACAGCACCAGCUGAAUUACCAAAAGAUCCCAAUCAGCCCAUUAAAAUGCCAUCAGAACAAUUGCCAAUACCUCUGAAUCAAUAUGGCUUACCACCUUCACUGAUACCUCUUAGACAACCACAGCCAUAUCAUCCUCGUGCCUAUCCUUAUCCAUCACCAAAUGGACCUGGACAACCUUUCCAUUUGCCACCGUACAGAUUCAAUCAAAUUCCUCCCUUGUAUUACAAUACUUUUCCAGGUUUAAGACAACAGUUUUUGCCGCCUUACAACUACCUGCCCACAGGUCCACAAUUUCCCUUGAGCAACACAAUACCCACAGACAAAACUUAUCCUCAACCUCCCAGCCAACCGUUGCCAGUAGCAACAGCCGCUCCUACACUCCCUACACUCCCUCCACUCACUACAGCUGAGGAACCAACUGAAAGUUCAGUGCCAUCUACCGACUCCCUAGAACCUGAACCGCCAUUUGAAACUAUCAAAAAUGGCUCAAAGAGCAAAGACAGCAGUGUACCAGAUGUACCACCACCACCAAUACCAUCGGGUGCUAAAUCCAAACAAUCUUAAGUUGUCACACUUUUCGUUAUUUUAAAUA